AUGGAGGAAGGUGAGGCCAACAACACCAACAACUUCAGACUCCAUGUUGCUGAGGGUGACGCGUGCUUCCGCUUGGGACUGUUUCAGAAGGCUAUAAGCUCCUAUACAGCGGCGCUAGACAUUCGCAAGGAUCGCAAUGUCUUGAUAGCCCGCUCAAAGUCCUAUGCGUCUCUAGGAAUGAAUGACGAGGCAAUCCAAGACGCCACUGACUCUGUCGGGAGUGAUACAAACUUCUACCGUGGGUAUUACCAGCUUGCACAGGCGUAUUUUGUUGCAGGCCUCUUUGAAGAGGCAUUGGUCUACUACUACCGGGCGUACAGGAAACGGCCAGAUAUACAAGAGUACCGUCUUGGUGUCCAGAAGGCAGAAGAGUCCAUCUUGCGCGCUAUUGAUACGGGAAUAGACUGCGUGGAUGAGCUGACAGUAAAGUGCAACUUAGCACCCACAGUUGAGGAGAUUGAAGCCCUCUACCAAUCUGAGGAGCUGCAGUUCACGACCAUCAACGGUGAAGAGCUUGAGCUGGGCCCAAAUACUUUUCGUUGUCUAUGCGGUUGCCCACACUGUGAUCCCACGACCUGCGAUGAUCUAGUCAACCAGGAGUUUGAAUCUCUCUGCACGUGUAGAUGUGAAGCAUGUCUCCACCACUUGGCAUAUAAGCACAACCACAUUCUGGACCCCAUCUCCAAUACUCUCAUAAGCAUACAGAGUGUUCUGGAUGAAACUAACCAUACCGAUAGCGCCAUGUUAUCUCCAGGCCAAACCCCUCUCACUAGCCGAGUCAAGGUAUCUGGUACGUCAACCUCAAUGCUGGGAAGCACUCGUCAAACCGCAAUGGAGCGCGAGUUUCGCCAGGAACAAAGUCUGAGGAAAAAGUACAAGACUGCUGGUGAUCUAGCACCAGAUCGCGCUUUCUUAGAGCUUCUCCAGAAAGACUCUACCCUCACUACAACCUGCGGAAGUGUUAAGCCAAUUAUAUCUAGUGGAAUUGAGUUCAUAGAUAAGCGUUCUGAAUUCUGGCGCCAGCAAGCCCAAGGUACUGCACAGAGUAAUCAGACAGUUACUGGCAGGAAGACGGUGACUAAGUCGUCUCUUAGUCGUGCUGGCACUGGUACGCUUUCAAGCAUGUCAAUAAAAAGAGUACCGCAGCCCUUGGGGAGUAGCUGCGUCAGUGCCGACAACUCUAUGAAUGCCCUAGACUCCUCGGAGAUGACUGGGAGAAGCAGGAGCAAGUCAAAAGGCAACCGUCUUGCGCAGCUGCGUGCGCCUGGAAAGAAAACUGUCCAGGAUAUUGUUGGGCUUAUUCAGCAUGUUCAACAGCAGAUAGAAUUGGGCAAUCUAGACGAUGCCCUUGCGGACGCGAAACUGGCAGAUCAGUAUGCCACAGCAUUGGUCGUCAAUCCAGCUGACAAGCAGGCGGCAGUUGAAAAGGAGAUGCUUCUUGCCGAUAUACAGACGUGCAUAGGAUGUCUUUUGUACGACACUAAUAGACCAGGUGUUUCUGUUCAAAGGUUCCGUCAUGCUCUCACUCUCAAUACAGGUAUAAAGGACGUUAGGGGUAUAAUAAGGUCCCUACGUAACUUAGGGCGCGUGCUUUUAGCUGUUGGCGAUUAUACCAGUGCCAAAGAAUCUUAUGAAGGAAUACUCCCUUACAUAGAGGCUAAAAAUGAUAACGGGGAGCUUGUCUGUCCACGCUACAUCAUUGCAGAAGCGUGCAUUAACGCUGCCAAAUGUGUGAUAGACUCAGGUGUCCAAGGUCCUGCGUUUGACUAUCUUAAGAGUGCACUUCACAUCUUAUCUGGCGGUACCUUUAUGCUAGACGAUCCUGGGACUGACAUACAAUUGAACUACGUAGAUCCUGAGCUGGACACUUUCCGUUCUAGAGCACCGAGCUUCUUUGUUACACCGGACAGCACACCGAACGAGUUGGCCCUCGAUGCCCUCUGCUUAGCGGGUAAGCUAUAUUAUGGAAGCAACUCUAUUGAUGAAUCGAAGAAGACAUUCAUUCUUUGCAAGGAAAAGGCCCGCGGUCUUCGUGAUGUGUCUGCAGAGAAGGCUGCCCUGGUCAAUUUGAAGUUCCUUGCCAUGCAGGAGAACAAUGAAUCGCUGGCAAAUCAGUACCAGGCCGAAAUAGAUAGUCUUUCAACUACCUCUCAGGUUCCCAGCACGUUCAAUUCGACCGUGGCAGGGGCUUCAGUGUCAGCAGGCACUAAGAAGAAAGGUCUAUCUAUUAAGACGUAA